AUGUACUCAAUCUCCCUGAUCGAUCGAACGAACUUGGGGCUAGCACUCGUGGCCGGUAUGCAAGAGGAUCUUGCCCUCGCCGUAGGCAACCGGUACACGGUGAUCGUGAUGGUUUUUUUCAUUGCGUAUGUCGCUUACCACGUUUUUCAGAAUCUAAUUCUGCCCAACGCCGGUCCUGCAAAUUGGCUCGCCUUUCUGGGCGUAUCAUUCGGCGCAGUCUUGAUUGGUAUGGGAUUUACCCAUCACUGGGGCACUAUGGCUCUUUGCAGGACUCUUCUGGGAGCAUUCGAGGCAGGAUUUCUCCCUGGUUGUACAUAUUUGAUCACAUGUUGGUACACACGAUUUGAGGUGGGCAAAAGGUUGUCCGCAUUCUGGAUUCUUUCUGUGCUUGCCAGCGGAUUCUCGGCCAUCCUGGCUUACGUUUUCACGAUGCUGAGUGGAGCUCAAGGUUUAAAAGGUUGGCGCUGGAUAUUCAUCAUGGAGGGUGCCAUCACGGUUGUCAUAUGUAUGACAGGAUGGUUCAUUGUGAUUGACUUCCCCACGAAGGCAGAGAAAUUUCUCAAACCAGAUGAACAAGCGUUUGUCAUCAACCGCCUCAAUGACGGCCGUGGGGAUGCUGAAGAAGACGACCUUACUAUCGCCAAAAUUCUCUUUCACCUCAGAGACUGGAAACUCUACUUCUGGGCAUUCAGCCUCAUGACAUCAACACUUCCUGGUUACGCCUACUCUUAUUUUCUGCUCAUCAUUCUCCGCGAUGGCAUGGGAUUCAAUACUACGCAGUCGCAACUUCUCACUGGGCCUCCUUAUGUUCUUGCCGCCAUCGUAGCUCUUAUCUCGGGAUGGCUUGGGGAUAAGUACAAAAUCCGAGGUCCCAUUAUAGCGGUGCAUCAACCGGUAACAGCAAUUGGUGUGCUCAUCACGGUCUAUGGAAAGGCGAAUGCAGUCCGCUAUUUCGGCUCGUUCUUAGGCAUUGGGUUCUUACAGUUCUGUGUCCCGGGUAUUCUUACCUUUCAGGCUAACAACAUCACCUCUCAUUCGAAACGAGCGGUGGCCUCUGCGACAUGUGUGAUCGGAGGGGAAAUCGGAGGAAUUGUAGCAAGCUGCGCAUUCGUAGCGAGUGAGAGCCCGCACUACACGACGGGAGUUUGGGUUACGUUUGCUCUAUCUAUGACAAGCAUUAUCAUGAUAAUAAUCCUUGAUUGUUUACCUUUGGAAAAUGAACAAGGCCAUGGAUGCAGGCAAGGUUUUGAACGAGAAACAAGCAGAUUGGCGGUACACACUAUAGUCUCAUUUUCUCGCCACGAAAUUUAUCGAAGCUAUCGCUUGUCGUGA